UGCCAUGGCAUCGUGCCCCACCACCCCAGGGUCUUCAUGAAUCCUGAUCCAUCGCUCCUUCGACACCAAUAUUCAAUAAUAACAAUUAAAGGCUGAGUGGUGUUUGAGGAGGGGAUUGGGCUCCGUCGCCUUGACUCUUUCUAAGGUGAAAGGAUAUCGGAGGGAAAAACAAAAGACUCUGGAUGCUGGGAUGGAUUGCGUGCGGAUGCCGGCGCGUGUGUUGUGAGUGUGCGUGAGUCCGUUUGUGUGCCUCUCCCCCUGUCAGCUUCCCUGCAUGUAUUUGUCUAUGAAUUUGUAUUCUCCUAACUCUGCCUGCUUACUGGAAUCUUUAUUUUCAUCAAUAUGUGCCCAUCAGUAUGUCUGAGAAUGAGUAAGCAGUGCGUCGAUUGUCUUUAGACUCUGAGAUUGUUGAAAGCCCUGUUUUCAUAAACAGAGGAUGGUAAGGAAGGUGAUUCUGAGUUAUCGACCGAGGACUAAUCUGUCCUUAAAGAGUUUGAAGAGCUGAAACGGGGAGGGGGGAGUCCAAUAUCAUCCAUCCAGGGUGUAUAAGAGUUGUGUGUGUGAAGAAGCAGCUCUUCCUGUCGCAGUUUUAACAGCUUCUGAUACACGUGUCAUUAUGGUUACCCUCUUAAAAAGUGUAGUAAUGUUACUUUCGUGUGCGGGUUGCAAAAGACGGUCUGAUGUUUUCUUUUGCUGGAUUCACCGGUGCCUGGAUAAACAGCCGUUUCUAGCCAAACUGGUCGCCAGCCACAAUGUGUGAGAUGACUCUUGUUUCGGAAAAAGGUCACCGCGUCCAGCGUGGCUGCUUCUGCUUGUCACUUGCUCCCCCCCCCCACCCCACACACAUCCACUGUCGGAAGUAAGACCAUCGUGCCACCAGAGUGUCAUUCUCUUCCAUGUCGGUACUUAUUAAUAAGAUCCCCAAAAAUGGUUUUGACAACAUCACCCUUCCCCGCCUACCCCCACAGAUGCCAUGCGGUCGGGGGGGGGGGUAGCAAUGUCAAGGCAAUCUGAGUGAUUUGGCAUUGUCCAAAGUCCUGAGGGGGGGCUGGCAUGCCACACAUGUAACUGCGGGGAGAGCACUGCCCUGGGACGUGACUGAAGUUACACGCUGGCCCAUCUCUGUUUUGUUUUUGUUUUUUUUGUGUGUGUCUGAUAGUGGCGAGAUAUUAAAGGCAGAAUUUCAUAUGGGGGGGGGGGCAUGAAGAUAAUUGUCCUACAGUUUAAUGCAUGUGCAUUAAAUGACUUUGGUUUGCAGAAGAAGAACCAGAAGCACAGUUUCCGUUUGCACAAUCCUGCUCUUCAGCUCAAUCCCACAGUGAGAAUGGAAAGUGAAAUGCUUUUUCUUUCAUACUUUGUUCGCAUUACAUCAUGGCUGCGCCUCAGGUCUUAUUAUGUAUAGCGUAUCAGCUUAAAAAGCUAACGGUGAAGAAGUUACCGUCUGUCUACUUACACAAACCUUGUGUAGAAACAGGAAAACUCUUGGCUGACUGAAGGUUUUUUUUUUUUUUCUUUCUUUCUUUUUUUCUCCCCCGAGGAAGAAUUCUUCUAUGGGGUGACUUUACCCAGGAGGCUUUGUUUCGGUAAUGUGACAUCAUUGCUCUUCAAUCUGCCCGCCUCCCCAGUCUUAAAGGGGAUUUACAUCUUCCCCAUUGUACUUCGUUUCUGUAUAAUACAGAACUGGAGGGCCUGUGCCUUUAACUAGUUUUGAAAAAUACUAGAAACUUCCCAAUAUACCGCUCACUGCUCACUUUGUUUAAGGGACUUAAGGAGAGGCACUUUCUGAGUUUGUAUUACUUGUAACUGACAUGCGGUGUGUGUGUGUGUGUGUGUGUUACUUCUGAAGUAAAAUACUUGAGGUGAGUUUUUUUUUGUAUUCUAGUUUUCACCACAGACCGUUAAAUGUCUAUCUGAAUUUCUAUGCGUAUAGUUUAUUUAAACUAUGUUGCUUUUUUUUUAAGAUUAUUACAGGGUUACAACAAUAAACAGCCUGUUUCUAGGAUUCUCAUGAUGUUAUAGUUGGCCAUGUCAUGUUUUCACGGUAAUUCAUAACCAUAAUUAGUUUUUUCUGGUUUUUUAGUUAAUUUUCUUUGUGUAAGAGUCACUGUGUUUAAACCACUAAAGAGCUUUUAGGAGAGGAAACAUGUGAUGUCACUUUUCCUGUGUCAGUCAUGGUGAGAGAUCCCUCAUUCACUGUCGUCACUGAGUUCAGCAGACAGUUACUCAUGCUUUGGUGGUUUUUUACAGAUUGUUUCAUUUCCGAUCAUUAGUUUAGACAUCUUCAUAAGAAAAAGCGCAUCGGCUUGUAAUACACUACCCUGCUGUUUAUUUUGGCAGAUAUGCAGUCUAGUUAAUUACAUUCUCACACCCACAUAUUGUAAUUUUAAAAUCACCUUUUUUAAUCUCUCAGAAUUUAUUUUGCAGUUAUAGUUGUAUGUGUGUGUGUGUAUACAUUAGAAUGUACACUGGCAGGUUCAAUUAUUUACGCCUGCGUUUUUAAUAAAUAUUACUAUUUCACUAUUUUAAGAUUAAAGACCAAUGUUUUUCGUUGGUGAUUAUCAAAGUAACAAAAUAGUUUCUGAUCAUGAUAAUUAUAUGUGAAGUUACAAGAGGCAUUUCCUUAUUUUUAUCAAUAAUAACAACAAUUACUAGCCAUUAUAAUCACAUUUAAUGUGAUUACUGCAUAUGUAUUAUAAUUUUAGCCUCACGUUCAUCAGCUUUAUUUAUACUAAUUGAAUCUGUUAAUGUUUCCUCAUUCAUUUCUGAUUGUUUCAUUUUAAUAAUCUGGCCACAUGACACUCAAGGUCAUCCCUCGCUCCAUCAGCUCCUGGUUUAUACCUGGUAAUCCUGUGUGUUUUCCCUACUUUUUUAAGCCCUUUAAAAACACUCGGCAAUAAUAAGUUUUGCCGGGUUUUUAGUUAUUUAUUGUUAUUUUAGUAUUUAUUUAUUUUGAGAGAGUUGUGCAGCUGAGCUUGUUUGUUUGUGGUACGAAAACAAACAGUGUGCCGGUGCAGCACAGCCCCUGGUCCCUGGGGGGCGACGAUGAGCCAACGGCCGGCCGGCCCGGCGAGUCGAAAUGAUGAGAUUGUUUCUCUCCACAAAGCUGCCCGUGACCCGCUCCUCUCCUCCCUUCUCCGCGGACGACAUCGGAAAAGCAGAGGACAAUUGCCACCCCUCUUGCACCCCCCCCUCUCGCGACCCCAGCACUGCUGCAGAAUCGCCUGGACAAAAGGAGCCUGAGUGGCCCGGGCUGAGGAGUAGGAGGAGCAGAGAGGAGGAGCAGGGAGCGGAGGCGCCACCCAAGGGCCCACGUCACGUCCGGCGGGGGGGCUGAGGCUGAGCAGGGCGGCCGAGCGGCGCUCAGACGGGGGGAGAGACUCGCAGUGAGAGGUGGAGGGGCGCAGAGAGCGAGCGAGCCCAGGGAUCAUGUGUCAGUGGAGCGUACAGCAGCAGCAGCAGCAGCAGCCGCCCGCGCGGAGCCCGGGGAAAUGGUGAGAUGCUGCAGGUCUUUGCAUAGCCCGUCGCCGUGCUUCAAUCUGCACCGGGUGCGAGUUGAUGUGCGCAGGCUGCGGCUGCUCAGCUCCAGGGCAGCGGGGGCGGAGCAGGGGCCCGGCGGCAGCGGCGGGGCCGGCCAGGGCGUCUCGGGGGUCCCCGCCCUCAGCCACAGGACCCGAUUCAGGUUGCAGUUCCCCCAGCUGGCCUUGCGGCGGCGCCUGGGCCAGUUGAGCUGCAUGUCCCGACCCGCCUUGCGGCUGCGCUCAUGGCCGCUGUCCUUCCUCUACUACUUGCUACCCUUCGGAGUCCUCAAACCCUUGGCCAAGGCGGGCUGGCGGCCCACCAGCAGGGUCGCUCUGUACAAGUCCAUCCCGACGCGGCUACUGUCGCGAGCCUGGGGCCGCCUGAACCAGGUGGAGCUGCCGACCUGGCUGAGGAAGCCCAUCUACAGCCUGUACAUCUGGACGUUCGGGGUGAACAUGAAGGAGGCUGCCGUAGAGGACCUGCACCACUACCGCAACCUCAGCGAGUUCUUCCGGCGCAAGCUGAAGCCUCAGGCGCGGCCCGUGUGCGACUCGCACUGCGUGAUCAGUCCAGCAGAUGGAAAGAUUCUCCAUUUCGGGAGGGUGCGUAACUGUGAGGUGGAGCAGGUGAAGGGGGUGACCUACUCCCUGGAGACCUUCCUGGGGCCGCAGACUUGGGCGGAGAGCCUGGCCUCCAGCAGAAAAGUGGCGGAACCCAGCUCGUUCCAGGACAUGCUGGUGACCAAGGAGGGCAACGAGCUCUUCCACUGCGUAGUCUACCUGGCUCCAGGGGACUACCACUGCUUCCACUCGCCUACUGACUGGAGGGUGGCACAUCGGCGCCAUUUUCCAGGCUCCCUGAUGUCCGUGAACCCGGGCGUUGCGCGCUGGAUCAAAGAGCUGUUCUGCCACAACGAGCGUGUGGUCCUGUGUGGCGAGUGGACACACGGUUUCUUCUCACUCACCGCCGUGGGCGCCACCAACGUGGGCUCCAUCCGCAUCUACUUCGACAAGGAGCUGCACACCAACAGCCCCCGCUACAGCAAAGGCUCUUACAACGACUUCAGCUACGUCUCCAAUGGCAACCAGGAGGGAGUGUGCAUGCGCAAAGGCGAGCACCUGGGCGAGUUCAACCUGGGCUCCACCAUCGUGCUGCUCUUCGAGGCCCCACGAGACUUCACCUUCAGCCUCAAGCCCGGCCAGAAGAUCCGAUUCGGGGAGGCACUGGGGACCAUGUGAGGGGCUGGGGUGUGGGGACAGUUGAUGUGAGCGGACAAGCUGAGGAGGAAUGUGGACAUGCGCACAAGUGCGCACUCGCGCACAUGCUAACUAAGCGAUUAGCACAUGUGAACGCAUGCGUCGGCCUUGACGCCCUUUUCACUCGCACUCUCACUCGCUCACUUGUACACACAGGGAUACGCACUUCUGUCGUCGCAUCUUUGGUCAGGUCUCCCCACCUGUUUUUUUUUAUUUUUAUUUUUUUAUUUUAAAUGUUUACCAUAGUUUAACUAAUUUCUUGUACCACUUAACACAUGAAAAUAGAGAUUUUUUUGUUGCUGUCUCUAAUUUAGCAUUUAUUCUUUUUGUAACUGCACAAUGCCUUUGUCAGGGUGACUCUCUCCGUGGGGAGGGGGUGGGGGGGGAUUUUCUGAAAAUUACGCUGUGUUUGCGCACACACUGACUCGCGGUCGCUUCCUAGAGGCGAAUGGUACUGACCAGAGACACAGGAUGGCCGACUCCUGUCUGCACGGCAGGAAUGAGCCGACUUCCUGAAAUCAUCUUUUACUUUUCCUCUGCCCACUGCUCUCUUUCCUUUCCUUUUUGCAUUCCUGCCUUCCUGCCCUGGAUACUUUAGUGACACACUAUCUCUCCCUUCCUUCCGAUGGAUCUGCUAACCCACUGGAUGAAGAGUUCAAACAGGAGAAAUAACCCCAGGAGAUGGUCACGGUACUCAGAGCCCAUCAAAUGCUUACUGUAAUUGUCAUGCCUGUCUCCCAUUCCUUCCAGCACUAGCAGCCGUGACUGGUUGAAAGACGAGCCCUGACAUCGGUCGAUCCCAUUACCCUCACACUCAGUCGUGUCACUUCCAUCUAAAUAUCCAUGCAGGAAUCCUUCCUCCACCACAUAGUCCUGGUGCAUUUCUGAUUUCCCCGUUUCUGUCAGAAAACAAGAGUGUUACCUUCAUUUUCAUCUACUGGACUGAAGGACGCAAAUGACUACAACCCCCAGUUUGCACCUGUCAUUUAAGGACGACUUGCCCUUUAAACUUAGUGUCCAAAAAUGUGUGCUAUGUUGCAAAUAGCAGAAUGUUUCAGGGCUUGUAUAUCCACAGUUUUUCACCAGUUAUGCAUUGCUUUCUAAUUCAAUAGCAGUCUGUCCACCUUUUCUUUGACGUACCAGUUAAAUAAUCCUAGAACUUAUGAAAAAUGUUGCAAGGGUUCUUCAUCAGUGCCUAAGAACAUUUCAGUGUUUUUUUUUUUUUUUUGGGUGGGGGGUAUCAUUUAUCUCUGUGUCAUUUUUCUCGUUUUGCUUUGCAUCAGUCCUUCGACGCGUCAGGCUGAAUGUCGUUUUCUUCUUCCAGCUGCCAUUUUUUUCUGUUUGCGGAGACAUUUCUAAGAGGGUUAUUGUGGCAUGCAGCUAAGUCUGGUUGUAGUCCACUCGACACAGGUUUUUCGAAUGGAUGUUUUCAGUGAAAACAAAACCUGCCGUUUUAAUGUAAUACUGAUAUUAAUAUUGUAUUAAUUAUGAUACUGUAAUUGAAACAGAGGUGUUCACUUAGGCAAAUAUUUUAUAUUUUUGUUUUUCUGUUGUAGUGCCAAACCUUUUUUUUUUUUUUUUUUUUACACUCACACACACACAUAUUUCCCUACUCUGAGGUUGCAUUUUUUUUUUGGUCUAUUAUGGGAUGUGUGUGACUGUGCUGCUGCUGUGAGAGAAUGAGACCACAAACUGGGCUGUGCACACAGCAAAAGGCUGGUUCUGGGUUCUUGUGGGGGGGGCUGGUGAUGGGGGUGGAGGGGAGAGCGAGACGCACACGAGGGCAUCCGGCUCGGACGCCAGGGCUGGGUGUCUCCCUUGGCCUCACCGGGCUCCACAUUUAUUUUUAUACCUGAAAAGUAAGAUACUUGACACAUUUCAGUCAUCUCACAUUUCAUAAACUUUUAAUUUCGAAACCAAAAAGUAAUCAACAAAAAUGUUACUAUUGCAUUUUUGCCAAUUCUUUAAGAGAAAAAUACAGUGAUGGGUGAUCAGCGUAUUACAUCUUGGAGUCUGUUUCACUACUUAAUAAAUUCAUUAUAUAAUUA